AUGAUGUCGGCGGAGGCUCGUAUUCCAAGACUCCGGCGACUGUGGAAUUGUCGAAAGUGCCCUGGCCAGUGGCGUAAGGCCUCGCCGUCAUUAAAAAAGUGGCGCCCGGGAAUUUGGACGGCGUCCACGUCCACCACGGUUAGCGUGUGGUUCGCCACGCCAAAGAAAAGCUCGUCGUUGAGCGCGGCAUUGAUGACUCGCAGAAGUCUUCCCGGGCUUCACCCUCAGCCUGAACGUGUCUUUGGCAGAGCAGUUGUAGAGAGGCCCGGGAAGCCCGUUUAUCGUGUAAGCAUCCGAAACGUUCGGGCCUCCGCCAGUUUGCAAGGCCUGGCUAAUGAUGGCCUCCGUGUCCGCAUUGAACCAUUCCCCUGCUCGAUUUUCAAGCGAAUAAAACAUUCGUCCUCAUAA